AUGGCAACGACGACAUCAUUGAAAUGUGAAGUUCAUGCAUCGCGUAACGGAAAUCGUAUUCAACCAACUGAUGAGACAAUGGCAUCUAAUCAAGCAACAAAAAUUCUAAUGACUGAUGAUUAUAAUCAAUCGAAUGAUGGUAAUUUCGAUAUUUGUGGAUGGAUAUUAAUUGUUUGUUCUUAUAUUCUUGUCAUUCUAACAUUUCCAAUAACAAUAUUUAUUUGCAUUAAUGUUGUUCAAGAGUAUCAACGGGCUGUUAUUUUUCGUUUAGGACGUAUUAUACAAGGUGGUGCUAAAGGUCCUGGUCUAUUUUUUAUUUUACCAUGUGUAGAUACAAUCGUAAAAGUUGAUUUACGAACAACAACGUUCAAUGUUCCACCUCAAGAAGUCUUAACACGUGAUUCAGUAACUGUUUCAGUUGAUGCUGUUGUUUAUAGUCGAAUUGUUGAUCCAGUCACUUCUGUAACUAAAGUAAAUAAUGUUUAUUCUGCAACUCAAUUACUUGCGCAAACAACAUUAAGAAAUAUGCUCGGAACAAAAACAUUACAAGACAUUUUAAGUGAUCGAGAAGCGAUCGCUAAUCUAAUGGAAGCGCAACUCGACGAAGGAAGUUCACCAUGGGGUAUCAAAGUUGAACGUGUUGAAAUUACGGAUGUUCGUUUACCACAAUCCAUGCAACGAUCGAUGGCUGCAGAAGCUGAAGCAAGCCGUGAAGCACGAGCUAAAGUUAUUGCUGCUGAAGGUGAACAAAAAGCAUCACGACAACUAAAAGAAGCUGCAGAUGUUAUUGCUCAAUCGCCGAUUGCCUUACAAUUACGUUAUCUACAAACAUUAACACAAAUUGCUGCUGAGAAAAAUUCAACUAUUGUUUUUCCAAUACCUGUUGAAUUACUCAGUUUAGUUAACAGAGGACGUUAG